AUGGUGAUGGGUGAUAAGCUUGCCUACUUCCUUAACACCUGUGAUGCAGACACAGUCAGAAAGUAUAUCAGCUAUGUGAAGACAAAGCUAUUGGCUGACAGUGAUGACAUAAACACAGAUACAAGAUCAUGUGUGGUGGUAGAUUGUGGAGGUGGAAGUGGCCAUGAAGGGGUUGUUAAUUUAGCACAGUUCUACAUGUCUCUCUGUCGCAAAUACAAACUUCUCCCAAAUGAACGGACAACUCUGCUUUCUAGUAUAGACCAAGUCAUCGCAUUACAGCUUUGUUUGGCAGAGAAAAAUAAACAGGAGAGAGGAGAGUUUGAAGUUGAGACCAGCACUGUGAUUCAAGCAAACAAAGACAUCGUUAAGUACAAACUUUCUCAAGUCAAGACAGCUCGAGAGAAUGUAGAACAGAGUUGUCUCCCCUCAGUUGAGUCUAUGGAGGUGUACCCAGUGGGAGACAUAAUAAAACAAGAGUAUCAAGCAUUCCUUAAACACUGUAAUUACAUUGACAUGGUUGAGGUUCUGUUGGCUGUGUGUAAGGCCCGUCACAGCAACCAAAGUCUCAAAGCUGAACUAGAUGUGGCAGAUAUCAUCAUCAUAGGACUUCCAAGAAAUGAAACUGAGAGAGCAAUGGUGGAGUACCUUUGUGAAGGACGUUUGAUAAUGAACAUGACAUUAGAGGUUCCCCUGGAGUUGGAUGAGGAAACAGUUGUUAAAGAAGAUGUUAAUGUUUUAUACAAUGAAGUCACUCUCAAUGAGGCUCUUGGGGAAAGUGGUGGAGACAAAAGUUUCUUUCAACCUACACCUAUGUCAGGCCAGCCCAAGUCCCUCACAGAGAGUUAUAUCCAGCUAGUGUAUGGGUCAUACUUAGAACUGCUGGUGAACUCCCGGGCAGAACUGGCUCUAGCUCGCUCCAUCAAUGUUCCAGAAAGGGAGCUUACUCACCAGGCUUUCACUGACAUCAAACGUGAAUCUAAGACAAAGAGUAUGACAAUGUAUCAGACUGCAGUAUCCUAUGUAAUGAAGAUUCGUCUUGGAGGUAAGGGAUAUGCUCCAGACCCUAACAAUCUCCUGGCUCAACAUAUAAAAGGUCUUGGCGAGUUUGUCUCCCUUGUUCAUAAACUACAGACAGUCAUAGAAGAAGAGACUGAUAAAAGGGUAUCCUGUCGUAAAGUGUUGAACAUUAUAAAGAAGGAGAUCAUCAAAUGUCGUGAGAAUCGUCUGCGUAUCACCAAUGUUGAAUCUGUGUGUGAAAAGCUCCAGAAAGAGGUGGCCCGAGUCAUCAGCAUGUUUGAAUCAUCUGUCUCCACUUCUCCAGAUAAAGCUGUCAGAGAUGGUGGGUCUGCUGUUGGGCGACAUACUCUCAAAGUCCUGCGUUACGUUGUAGACAAAUUGGUGUCAGGGAUGGAUGAUUUCAAAGUACAAACACUUGACUUCCUGUCUGAUGGAUUCUCAAGUCAAAGAACCCCUGUACACUUCCCCUGUAUCAUGUCCCAGUUCAGAUCUCCUGAAGAAUACUCAGACAGCCCUGAUGACCCAUACAAUCAGAGUCUGUGUGACCGUCUGCUUUCCCAGCGAUCAUCUGAGACACCAAUCCAUCAGAAGCGAUAUAAAUCAUGUAUGGAUUGGGCUGGUCCUACCCAUAAUGUAGACAUCAAAGGGCAGGAUAAGGAUAUCGUACUCACACAGUCAGAGGUUGUGGUCAUCCCCAGCAAAACAAUUGUACACCCUGGAAAACAGGCAAAUAAGGAAACGAAAGUUGCCAACCGUUUAGCAGAGACCAUCCAUGACCAGGAGAAUGUACCAGUUUGUGUGGAGGUCACAGAGGAAUCAGAUAAAGGACAGGACAAGUCAAAGGUUAAUGAACCAAAGGUCAACAAAACAACUAAGGAGUCAAAGAAAAAUCCUGGAAAAGGACAGAAACGUCCCCUUGUGACAGGAGAUUCUCCAGCAAAAGCCAACAAGAAAACAAAAGCAGAAUCUAAAACUUGUCGUCGAAAGCUUCUUCCACAGGUCAAAGGGCAACAGCAAUUAACAAAAUUCUUCAGAGUAUGAUCAAUAGCAAAUAAACACUUGUCUGGAAUUGUGGUAUUAUGUAAU